AUGCACACCAAAUUAUUGUCCAAUUGCCCUAGUCUCGAAGGUCAAAGUCCCAAGAAAAAAGAUACUCGCUUGGGCCGAGUCAAGCUUACAUGGGAAGAAAAGGGCAAGUCAAAACCUAGUGUGGAUCCGCGAUACGUUUGGGAUGGCCUGCAUCCGAUGCCGCCAGAUUAUUAUAGUACAGAGAAUUGUUAUCGAAGAAGAUAUGGCAUUACCGAUGAACAGCUUGAUUCUCAGGAUGAUGAAAGGGGAAGAAGAAAAUACCAAAAUGAGGUUUGGGAGGAGGAAGAAGAAGAAGGAGAAGGAGAAGAAGAAGAAGAACAACAACAACAAGAACAAGAAGCAGGGCCCAGUGGACAUAAUUCAAGAGAACAUUUGGAAGAAGAUGUGGAAAGUGAAGGGAUGUAUGUUGAAGUAUCAUCAAUACCUGAACAAAAACCGGAAGAUGAUUCCAAGAUUAAGCGACCUAGUGGUCUUGGACAGUUUAUUUCUAGUGUUCAUGAAUCUCUAAAGAGAACAUUUGGGUUGGGUAACCGCAAUUCUGACAUGCCUGAAGUUUCUGAAAGACCUCUUGAUAAAAGAUUGUACAAGUCAACACUUAAAACACUUUACCAUACACGUAGUGAUAGUCCAGGGUUGGAUUUUAUUGACGACGAUUCUGGGUCAGAGGUGAUGACAAUGGCAGAUAGUACAGGGCACUCGAGAAGACAGCCAUCGGAGUUUACUUCGUACAAGGGAAUUAUUCCAACCGAACCGUUACACAAGAGAUGGCUUAAACGAAACUCAAAUAAGGAUGAAUCCAAGUUGACGUCACCUGUGUCGACAUCGCCAAGUAAAAAGUUCAAAAUGAACCUGGUAGUAAUGAUGGCUUUUGUUCCACCACCAUCAAUACCACAAAAAAAACCAUUACAGAUGCCACGGGCUCGAAUUGAAGCUAACAAGUGUAAGCGAUGCCGCAAGGAAAGAAAGAAGUGUGUGUGCAAGUUAAACUUGGCAAGUUUUAUGGAUGCGUUGGGGUGCUCGAGUAUGCCUGGGAGAACAACCAGGGAUUUGGAACAAGUACCUGGGCUCAAAGACGAUUAUGAGGUGUUUUCAUAUGACCGGUACAAGUGGCCACACACAGACUUGAGCCGGUCUUUUGAUACUGUUGCAAUAUUACCAUCACGAUGGCCCAAUUACUAUGCUUGGGAUCCCAAAAUUAAUAUUAUUAGUCCUGAAAUGUUUUUCAUGCCCCGCAAGUUCCCCUGGUUUCGGUCGCAUGAGGUGCGCCGUGUUCUUAUCCAUAAGACGGUUUUACCAUACUUGGAAGGAUUGAUGCGUGACAUAGCAGCCAUGCGGUCUAAGGGUACACUGACUGCAUCAAUUGCGGCAGAGAAGAUGGGACGAGAGUAUCCCAACAAGUCGUAUGGAAUUGUGGUUGAUGGCGAAGAGAUUUUGCGUGUUAGUGAGAAGGAGACUCAGAACACAAGCGAUGUUUACCGUAAUACGGAGUUUGAAGAAGGUAUUAUGAAAUCAAAAUUGUUGACUGUGUAUACGGAUUAUGAUUUGUACUAUUUUGACCGCAAUGUGUUUUUCCAGUACUCUCCUCAAAUGGAAGUUAUUGUCCAAGGAGACAUUUUGUCGGAGGAAGCUCGAGAUGAGAUCAAUUUACAAGUGAAUGAAGAAACUGCGUUUGGACACUUUACUCACCGGACACAAAGCCACCAUGAGAUUGGAUACAUUGAUCAGGAAGAGCCUCGUACAUUUAAUAUGUACCAUGUUUUGUCAAAGAUUGGGGGGUCAUUGAGUUUUGCUCCAGAAACACUUUAUGACAUGUAUUCGAUUCUUAAUUAUGCAACAGUCAACUUGACGUCACUGACAGUCGAGGUGAAUGUGCUAAAACAAGCCAUGAUGAGAUUAAAACCUGAUAUGAAUAAUGUGGGAUGGGGGGCUAUAACAAAUGACAAGUAUGUCCCGCAAAGGUUUGGGCCUACCAAGGCUUUUGAUAAGCUGCGCACACUUAUCCUUUAUCCAGGGAAAGAUACUCUUGUUGUGGAUUACCAGUUUAUGGUCCAGGAAAUUAAUGAAGGAAUGCCGGCAUUACAAGAGCUUCAGACUACUCAUUUGAUUGACAAUAUUGAACCGACCGUUGGGACAUUAGAUGGAUUAAAGCGUACUUUUGCCAAGUGUAAGGUGCUUGCUUGUUUCCCUAAGGAGGUUGAAUUUUGCAAAGAAUUACGAACAGAUUUCCCAUUAAUGUACUUGCCUGCCGUUACAGAUUUGGAAGUAUUUGUACAAGAUGAUGAGACUGGUGCAGAUUGUCAAGGAUUGGCAGAGUUUGUUGCUGCAUUUUUGGCACAUUUAAACAUGCCCAACUUGCACACAUUGGUGCAUCGCAACUUGCCAUUUAGCUGGUGCAGCGAAUCGAUAUUUGAAUCGCUUUCUGUGCGCAGCAAUACUCAAAACAAAGUAACUGGGAUGCAACAACUUGAAGUGAUGUUGAGAGAGCCAGAAGAUUAUAUGCACUUGCUGAAUUUGAUAUUACAGAUGCCACACUUGCAACACUUGAAUGUGAUUUCGGAGGCCAAUAAGGAGCUUUAUAAGACUGGAUCGUACAUGCAAAAGAUUUCAGAUGCUUGUAAUGUACUUUCUCUGUUUCAAGAUGUUGGUGUAUUGAAUGAUUCCAUUUUAUCUGACUUUCGUGAACGGGAGGUGAUUGAAAGUAAGCCUCGGUUUUAUCUUGACAAUAUGGAUCUCAAGCAACUUGUUUUGAGAAAUGAAACGCACAUUAAACGGGCUCAAGUAUUGGAUAAUUCAGUAUUUGACUCGACAGAGUUUAUAGUAAAGUACAUGACGAAACGGUUCCAUGGAGAAAAGGAAACUGGCGAAGUGAUGGCGCGCGUGAUUGGGAGUCCAUUACAAACCUUGAUGCGUUCAAAGGAUGGUCAUCAGUGGAAAAACUCUGAAUGGGGGGAUAUUAUGUAUGAGCUGAGUGCAAUUGAGGCACUGGUAAUGCAACUGGAAAAUAUGGAAUCUCUUGAAUACUUUGCACUACGUACACAGUGUACGGCCGUGGCAAGUCCACGGUUAUUUAGGUUGAUGGUGACUCACCCGCGGUUACGACAAGUGCUUGUUGACGAGCCCACACGACGGUUAUGGCCUGAGCAGAAGCUUGAAGAGUUGACGAUUACACCAUAUGUAUUAUUUACUGAAGAGGGUCGGACAAAGAGAAGUAGCAAAGUUGAUGGGGUAGAAUGGUUGGGACCUUGGAGCAUUGCAGAUUUGCCACCAUGGGUACGAGCAGUUGUAGGAGAUCAAAACGAUGCAAUUGAAUGGAGCAAGAUUGAGUAUUUGCGCAAGUACCGUAUUGCUGGGCUCAAUUACUUGGCAACACGAGCUUUUGGAAUUGAAUGUAUACGUGCUUAUACAAGACCACAAGAAGUUCAAGGACUGGUUGGACGUUCGACGUGUGGGUAUUCCGCUAAUAUGUUUGUGAUUGAUGCUGAAAAGGUGCGUCGGAUGAAGGCCCCACAACUUGAUGAAGCAAUUCCUGAGUGUCUUGUGGUGAAGAGUAAAGAGAAGAAUAAUGAUGAUGAUGAUGAUGAUGAGAAGAAGAAGAAUAAACCCAUAAAGGAAGUUGCAUUGGAGAAUGAAGAAGGUGGAUCUGAUUGGUGUGAGUUUACAUUGGAACGGUACAUGAUGCAGCCCAUGUUUUUACCACGCAUUGACAUUGCAGUUGAUCACGAGUUUGAUGGAAAGUUUAAAGGAUGGAUCAAUAAGAAGACUAUACAAUGA